CGUUCGGCGCGUCAGUGGGCGAGAGUCUGGUGGUGGGUGCGGAGCCUGCGGCCGUUCCCGCGGCCUCCUCCUUCUCCCCGUUCCCCUCACCCCCAUCCCAUACCCCUUUCCCCAUCCCGGCUCCGUCACCCCCCUGCCCCCCCCCCCUCAGGACAAGAAUGCCUUGCCCGGAACAACCCAGCAGCGCCUAGAUGGCUUUGGUCACGGUCCAGCGGUCGCCUACCCCCAGCACCACCUCCAGCCCCUGCGCCUCGAGCUCUCAUUUGGAAGACAGUGAAUCAGCAGUGUUACUUUGCCGUGAAUGUGAAGAAUCAGAUAUCUUUAGUGGUUCCAAUGAGGCAGACAGUGGGGAGGAGGAAUGCCGGUCACAGCCCCGGAGCAUCAGUGAGAGCUUUCUAACUGUCAAAGGUGCUGCGCUUUUUCUACCACGGGGAAAUGGCUCAUCCACACCAAGAAUUAGCCACAGACGCAACAAGCAUGCAGGUGAUCUCCAACAGCAUCUCCAAGCAAUGUUCAUAUUACUCCGACCAGAAGAUAAUAUCAGGCUGGCUGUAAGACUAGAGAGUACUUACCAGAAUAGAACACGCUAUAUGGUAGUGGUUUCAACUAAUGGUAGACAAGACACUGAAGAAAGCAUCGUCCUAGGAAUGGAUUUCUCUUCUAAUGACAGUAGUACUUGUACCAUGGGCUUAGUCCUGCCCCUCUGGAGUGAUACCCUAAUUCAUUUGGAUGGUGAUGGUGGGUUCAGUGUAUCAACGGAUAACAGAGUGCAUAUAUUCAAACCUGUAUCUGUACAGGCAAUGUGGUCUGCAUUACAGAGUUUACACAAGGCUUGUGAAGUGGCCAGAAUGCAUAAUUACUAUCCAGGCAGCCUGUUUCUCACCUGGGUGAGUUAUUACGAGAGCCACAUCAACUCAGAUCAAUCGUCAGUCAAUGAAUGGAAUGCUAUGCAGGAUGUGCAGUCCCACCGGCCUGACUCUCCAGCUCUCUUCACAGACAUACCAACUGAACGUGAGCGAACAGAAAGAUUAAUUAAAACCAAAUUAAGGGAGAUAAUGAUGCAGAAGGAUUUGGAGAAUAUCACAUCCAAAGAGAUACGAACUGAGUUGGAAAUGCAAAUGGUGUGCAACUUGCGAGAAUUCAAGGAAUUUAUAGAUAAUGAAAUGAUAGUGAUCCUUGGCCAAAUGGAUAGCCCUACACAGAUAUUUGAGCAUGUAUUCUUGGGCUCAGAAUGGAAUGCCUCCAAUUUAGAGGAUUUACAGAACCGAGGGGUGCGGUAUAUCUUGAAUGUCACUCGAGAGAUAGAUAACUUCUUCCCAGGAGUCUUUGAGUAUCAUAACAUCCGAGUAUAUGAUGAAGAGGCAACAGAUCUCCUGGCUUACUGGAAUGACACUUACAAAUUCAUCUCUAAAGCAAAGAAACAUGGAUCUAAAUGCCUUGUGCACUGCAAAAUGGGGGUGAGUCGCUCAGCCUCCACUGUGAUUGCCUAUGCAAUGAAGGAAUAUGGCUGGAAUCUGGACCGGGCCUAUGACUAUGUGAAGGAAAGGCGAACAGUGACCAAGCCCAAUCCCAGUUUCAUGAGACAACUGGAAGAGUACCAGGGGAUCUUACUGGCAAGCAAACAGCGGCAUAACAAGCUCUGGAGAUCUCAUUCAGAUAGUGACCUCUCAGACCACCAUGAACCCAUCUGCAAACCAGGGCUAGAACUCAACAAGAAGGAGAUCACCAGCUCAGCAGACCAGAUUGCUGAGGUGAAGACCAUGGAGGGUCACCCCUCCAUACCACCCGUCUUUGUGGAACAUGUUGUCCCACAGGAUGAACAUCAGAAGGGUCUGUGUACCAAAGAAAGAAUGAUCUGCUUGGAGUUUACUUCUAGGGAAUUUCAUGCUGGACAGAUUGAAGAUGAAUUAAAUCUAAAUGACAUCAAUGGAUGCUCAUCAGGGUGUUGUCUCAAUGAAUCAAAAUUCCCUCUUGACAACUGCCAUGCAUCCAAAGCCUUAAUCCAACCUGGACAGGCCUCAGAAAUUGCCAGCAAGUUCCCAGACUUAACAGUGGAAGAUUUGGAGACAGACGCACUGAAAACAGAUGUGAAUGUCCACUUGCUGCCUUUGGAAGAGUUAACAUCUCGCCUAAAAGACCUUCCCAUGUCCCCUGACCCUGAAUCUCCGAGCCCCCAACCCAGCUGCCAGGCUGAAGUCUCAGAUUUCAGUACAGAUCGCAUUGAUUUCUUUAGCGCCCUAGAAAAGUUUGUAGAGCUGUCCCAAGAAACCCGAUCCCGAUCCUUUUCCCACUCAAGGAUGGAAGAGCUGGGUGGAGGAAGGAGUGAGAACUGUCGACUCUCAGUGAUGGAAGUCACCCCUUCUGAAGUGACAACCGAUGACCAGAGAAGCAGCUCUUUGAGUAAUACUCCCCAUGCAUCUGAAGAAUCUUCAAUAGAUGAGGAACAGUCAAAGGCAAUCUCAGAACUGGUCAGCCCAGACAUCUUCAUGCAAUCUCACUCAGAAAAUGCAAUUUCGGUCAAAGAAAUCGUUACUGAGAUCGAAUCCAUCAGUCAAGGAGUCGGACAGAUUCAACUGAAAGGAGACCUCCUAUCUAACCCAUGCCACACACCAAAGAAGCACACUAUCCAUGAGCUACCCCUUGAAAGGGCCCAUGCCCUAGAGAACAGACCUGGAAAUCUGGAGCAGAGUGAGGGUUCCUACGCAGCCCAGCUUGAACUAGCCAAAGACUCAGGGAAGUGGGACCUUGAAGGCUGCCUGACGACACACUCAUCGACCACAGAAUUAGAAGAAGAGGAACCAGCUGAGGAGGAACAAGAGCUCUGGGGCCCAGGAAUGCACCCAGGUGCCAAGUGGUGCCCUGGGUCUGUGAGGCGAGCCACCUUGGAGUUUGAAGAGCGCUUGCGACAAGAGCAAGAGCACCACGGUGCUGCCCCUGGUUGUACCUCAUUGUCUGUUCGCAAGAAUUCCAAGAAUGAUUCUUCUGUAGCAGACCCAGCACCAAAAGGGAAAAGUGAUGAAGCUACCCUUGAACAUUCUUUUAUCCCCAAGGAACCAGAGAUUAACAAGUGCAAAGGGAAAUGCGGUGGGUCUGAAACUGGUUCACUACCCCAUUCUGAGCAAAAUUCCAUUGUUCUAGCGCCUGAGCUGCUGGUGUUUCAGGAACGCCCGGGGUCAGAUACUAGAACAAACCAGGAAGGAGUCCUGAGGGAGCAGAGGACUGUGGUUUCAUGCCAGGGAUCAGAGACACAGGCGGUCCUUCUUUCCCUUCCCAAGAAGGUGGAAAUCUUUGAGUCUACCCACACAGUUACACCCCCUGAUCACCCUGGGCUGGGGGGUGAAAGAGCCACCAGCAAAAAGAGUGGGGAGCAAGGGCUGAGGAAAGUGAAAGUGGAGGACUCCAUCACCAUCCUCUGUGCACUGGAUGAAAAUCUGAACAGGACUCUGGGCCCCACCCAGGCUCCUCUGCACCCCAACGUGCUACCUCUGUCUCAUUCUUCCCCUCCUGAGCACGACAGCCCCACCGACAUGACCUCUACCCUGGGCAGCCCUGAGGACUGGGACAAGAACCUGUCAACAGCCCCAGACACAGGAGUGUCUUCUGUCAGUCACACAACCCAUGUACCAUCUGCCAACUUGGAUUAUGCACCUCCCCAGACCGUUGUUCACCUGGAAGGCUUCACAGAGCAAACCAGCACCACAGACAAUGAGCCCUCAUCAGAGCAGGGUAGCUGGGAAGAAAGUCAGGAGGGCCCCUUUUCUGGUGGCAGUGAAGUGCCAUCUGAGGACUCACAGCUAACCAGCAAAGACCCAGGCAAACUCGAAGACAAUAGUGGGGGGUUACAAGAAAAACUGGACCCAUUUCUCAUAGCCUGUCAACUCCCACAUAGCUCUAGUAGUGACAAUAUAAAGGGUCUCAGCAAUAGCCCCAGUGUGGUGAAGGAGCGCACUAAAGAAAUCGAGUCCCGAGCGAUUUGCCAGGGAGGGCUCACCAAACCAUCCCAAAUGAGGCAUUCGGCUUCCCUUGCCAAGUUGGGUUACUUGGACCUCUGUAAAAACUGUUUAUCAGAGAGAGAGCCUGUCUCCUCUGAUCCCCCUCAUCUCAAACUGCUCCAGCCCUUCAUCAGAACGGAUGCAGGCAUGCAUGCCAUGGAGGCCCAGGAGCCCUCAGAAUGCCCGGAUGCCCCCCAGAACCUAGAGCCCACCAAGUAUUUUAUAGAGCAACUCAGAACAACAGAGUGUAUUGCGCAGAGCAAGCCAGUGGAGAAGCCCAUUGUACAGUACGCCAAAGAAUUUGGUUACAGUCAGCAGUGUUCGCUCCCCAGGGCAGGCCCCGAGUUGACUAGUUCUGAAGGAGGCCUGCCUUUGCUCCAAUCCCAGGGACUGCAGUAUGCGGGUCCGGCUCCAGGGCUGGCUGUGGCGCCCCGUCAGCAGCACGGCAGAACUCACCCCCUUAGGAGACUGAAAAAAGCAAACGACAAAAAACGGACAAGCAACCCCUUCUAUAAUACCAUGUGAUUCUGAGCCUACACAUGGAACUUUCUAAAAGAAAUGUUUAUAAAAGGGGCAGGUGUAAUAUGUAAGGAACAUGCACUUUAUUGGUUAAUUUUAUAAUAUUUUGGUCAUUUUACUGUUCCUGGCGCAUGCAGGGUUUGGGUUUUUUUCUCUGUGUAUGUGUGUGAGAGAGAGAAAGAUUGAUUUGGACAACUAGACCAUUUUUAUCAUUUUUUAUUUUUAGAAAAUUCAAACCUCAAAAAAUACUCAUUUUCAAAGAGCACCUUUAUCAAAGGCAAAUUGCUGUUUUUCAAUCAGCUCCCCUCUGAGAAAAAAACAUGCCUGCUUGCUUAAGGAAGGAAGCAGAUGGGGAGAAUGGAGAUGAAGCUGGAAAUCGGAAAUGCUCACCUGGGCCUGUGUGAUGAUGGUUUGGGCUUCAGACCUGAUGCAUAGGAUUGGACUGAAGGGCAGCCACACGUCCAUGUGCUCUCAUCCUUGGGCCCCAGCCCACUGAGAGUUCCCCAAGUGGGCUGAUUCUGCUUUGCUUUCAAAGGGGGGUCUUCCAGAAACCACUUCUGGAUUCCAGAGUGUAUCAUUUCCAAAAGGCAUGAUAAUGGCUGGCUUUGUAAACUUACCAAGCAAAUAGUUUUUUUUUCCCCCAAGCACAUAAUUUUUAAAUUAAAAGAGAACCCCCAAAUGAAAUCUUGAGAGAUCCUGUGUAGAAGAAAGUAUAGGAGGAGGUGGAAGCGAAGUGUGCAGAGGCUGCGGCACAGUAUCUUCCAGGUCAGUGGGCUGCACAUAGGCAGUUAUCCUGGACCUCCCUGCCAGGAAAUGUGCUCUGCAACAUCCUCUCAACAAAAACAUAAUAGGGACAAGUUUGAAAAACAGCAAUUGAAAGUCAGUGUGUUCUUGUAAAAUGAAUACAUCCGUAGGGUUUUAACACUUCCAUUACUUGAAUAAUUCUGUGGGCCUUCUGAGUUUAAUGGCCAUUUUUUUUCCAAUUUACUUUACUUCCUCGUGCUGUUUCUCCCAGUGCUGCCUUUUUUUUUUUAAUUUCAUAGAUGAUAUUUAAAUUGUUACGUUACCUAUGUAUAACCUCCGUUGAACGCAAAGUUUUCUUAUCGAUGUUAUCACCGUUAACACUUGACAUGGGGUUUUUUUUUCUCCUUUUCCUGGAAGAUUUGUCAUUUCUCUACUUUAUACACAGUAUUUAUGUACAUAAUGUUGUCACUUCCUUACAGUGUUUUGUUGUUGAUGUCGUAGGGUCUUUUUGAUUUAAUCUUUUUAAGAAGGAGUAAAGCUGCAACUGGAGAAAACACAUACCACAGAAAUAAAGCUGAUGGGUGUUGGUAGGAAUCUGCAGAGUCUAUUGAUGGUGGUUGUAAUCAUUUAAAUGGAGACUUCUGAUCGCCAGCUCCUGCCAAGUUAUGUUUUAGUAACUUCCUCCUUGGAGAAACUCCUUCAGGCUCCCAUAGGUCACAUUUUGACUGAGAGCUGAAUUCUCUUUGAGGCUGAAAUCCCAGUGGGUUAUUUGCCAGUAGCUGAGCCACAGCCAGGGAGUGUGUAUGAGUGUUCCUGCUGCCCAGGGUGGAAGUUUCUAAUGCUAAGGGCAGGCACCCAUUAUGACUCCGGUGUCAUUACAACUUUAGGAUGCUGUUGCUUUGCUGCUUUCGUGGAGAUGCCUAACACAGGAGCACUUGCCAUAAACAAGCCAGUUUGAGCUUCUUACAGAAAACAUUCAGCCUGGAAUGAAACACCUGUAGCUCAUCAAAACUGAAGAGGUUUGCAGAUUUGCUUCCUGGUGCUUCGGUGGAUGUCCACAUUGCUGAGAGAUUGACCGAGUACAGCCUUGGGCUUUGGUAUUUGGCUCAUCCCGGCACUGAGAGGAAAAGACAGAUGCCCAGAUAUCAAAGGCCACAGUUUGGUGGGAGCAGAUAGUAGGGUGACCUGCAGGAGAGAGGAAAGGUGGACUGAGGUCAUUCAUAGGUGCUCCAGGGGAGCUGUGAAUCCAGUUCCUGUGUGGAAGCUACAGUUGGGUCUCACAUCACUGCUGGGAGGUAGAUUGGACAGAAACCUCCUGCUCUUAGUGUCUCUAGGAUGUAGUAAUUACACGUACUUGUGCUGUCCUUAAAUAGUUCCCUUAAAUGUUUAAAUAUAUCCUCCACAUGGCUUUGUGGUUCCUGGAUAUUCAAUGUGCUGUAAAGUGUUUGGGUUUAGGUGGUAUUUGUAUCAAUGUGAAGAGGAUCGCAAGACAGGGUUAUGAAUUUCCAAGGCUCAUCCAUCUAAAUGGCCCUGUCUUGUUGAGGCAGUUCCACCACCCUCAUUAUGAUAGGAAAAGGACAGGAAGUGUGGCAGGGUUGGGGAGAAGGAUUUGCAUGGAGGUGAAGAGAGUAGUGUCCCCUCCUUAACCCUUUGCAAUGAUGACCUCCCUCACAUUAAGUACAAGCAGGAUCGACAGUAUUGCCCUGUUCUCUCUCAUCCUGCAACUGCGGUUAAUACUGCAUUAAAUAACAACAGAGAGGGGGAGGAGAUCCUCUAAUGCUGUGAAGAAAACUUUUUUUUUUUUAUAGAAAAAGGGGAAAGGAAAUAGUCUUGGUCUGCCUUCCUUUUUUUGAAUUACAUUUUUUGUUAUCAUUUAAUUUGCCCACUUAAAUAAACAUCCUCUAUAUGGGGUCUGUAAUUCAACCAUGCCAUAUAGGGUUUUGCCAGCCCUUUCAAACUCCCACAACUGAGUGUUCUUAUUUGCAUAGCUGAGCGAUGUCCAGGGAAAAUACAUGAUAAGCUAUCAAGGACUUUUCAGACUUUCUUCUCUUCAAACUUUUUGAUAAUCUUGGGUGGUUUAUUUCCCUUCUCUGUUCAUGGAAAACUCAGAUACAGAACAGCAGGUCUAGUAGGUUGACAGAGAUGAGUAGGAAAAGUCUUGACCUCUUGCUCAAUGCCUCUCUUUUGAAAUCCACCAUAGUCUGACUCUCAGUUACUCUGGAGGAGAGAGAGAGAGAGAGAGAAAUAUGUGUAUGUGUGUGCACACGCGCGUGCAUACACCUGCACAUGCAAAAACAAAGUAACGUUUUGGUGAAUGGGGUAAAAACCCCAGAAGCACACAACUUUUGAGCUGUAAUCUAGAGGGUUACCUGGUCAUUAGGAAGGAGAGAAACCCCAACCCUUUCUUGAUUUCAGAAACACUUAGGUGUAGUGUAUACUAGAGUAGACCUGUAGUACUGUAGUGUAGUAAUAUUCAUCUCUCAUUUUGGUUGCCUUUCAGAUUCUUAAUGCUUGGGAUCAUUCUUAGCAUCCCAACCUCUUAAGGCUCUCUAUCUAGCAGUUUCCUGGUUCUGUACCUUUAUUGGGGACUUCUCAUUUGGGGAACUACCAAGAGCUCCAAGGAUGGCCUAAGAAUGAUAGCCCAGGCUCUGAGGUCCCCUCCUGCUAAAGGGGCCCAGACAAAUACUUUUGGAUAGACCUGAAGUUUCUGAGACAUAGCAGCUCACAAAAAUCUUCACCUAUUCCAUCUGAGAAUUUCAGUUUUAAAGCAAUCCAGGCAUGUUUGGUAAAGAUGUUUUCGUGGGAGUUUUUUCUUUUAAAAAAGAAAGCAUUAUUGCGAAGAGGGUCACUUUUAAGGGCAUUUUAAAAUUUUUAAAUCCAUUCUUAGGCUCUUUUUGAAAACUAUUUGUGGAUACUUUGUUUACAUUGUGAUAAUUAAAACGUGCAUCAUCUUGACAGCCACUGAGUCCCCUCGUCCAGGCACCCAGCCCCGGCUGUCCUGUGAAUCCUCAAACAGAGCAGGGCCACAGUGGCCAACCCUCAGGGGUGAAUGAGGAGGACCUGGAGCUGACUCCCAUCUGUCCUGCUGUCCUGUUCAGCACUCUGUGUGGAAAUAGCCCUUUCCUCAGUCAGUGAUGGUGUGUCUUACAGUGAUGGUUAUAAUGGUGAAUGGCUAGUGUCAUUUUUGUCUAAUUUUGUUUUGCUUUUUGAUGGUAGAUGAAAUUUUAGCUCUUUCAGCACCAAUGCAACUUGAAGGUAUCUUGGACUUUGUUUUCCUUUCCAGACUAGAAGAUCAAGGCAUAUAUUAGGCAUAAAUGUACUUGCUGCCUCAGCUCCUCUGACACUCAUAUUAGGAAAAAGCCCACCUCCAAAGCAGGAAGCUGCAUGCUCCUCACUCCUGUUCCAGGGCUUUGAGGUCCCUUGAUGCCAUGGAGAGCUAUUGCAAGGUGCUUCUGUACUUUUCCACCCUGGAAGUGGAGGGUGACCGGGCCUGGCUCUUGCUAUGAAAAGAAAACCAGCCUCAUUUUCUCAGUGCCCCAGAGAUCAGGACAGGAUUUCUAAACUAGAGUCAUCAUUGGCUUGAAGAUGCCUCAAAGGGUCUAUGACUAGUGCUAGUCAUCUGUGUCCUCACAGCGACACUGGUGGUAGCAUCCUCCGUGCACAUGCAGAGCUAAUACCCAGGGCUUAAUUGAAGCUGAUGACUCAAUCUGGAAACUGGGUAACUGGCCCUGAAAUGAUUCUCAGUCAACAGGCCUGCAGGCAAUUGUUUGGUUUUUCUGUUUUUGGGGGGUUUUGGUUUGCCUGGCAUAGCUUAAGGUGCCUUUUAUUUUUUUUUCUUCCUACUUUAUUUCAUAGGACUUGUUCUAAAUGUAGAACGCAAGUCCAAAAGACUCUCCCACUGACUGUUAACUUUGCCCCAGGCCAGUCCCAAACUUUUAUGCUCACAUUUUAUUAAAUAAAGCAGGUGCUCCCUGGAAUCUCUGGGACCUUUUUGAGGCAUUUGAAGCAGAAUAUAAAGAGUGGUCUCAUCUCCUUCCUUAAUCUUCCUGGUGGUUGGGAUGUUCCACUUGUAUCAUAGAUUUUUUUUAUUACUGAUGUGCUCUGCUGUUUUUAAAUGUGAACUUGUGCGCAAAUGUGCGGAUUCAAUGUUCUUGUUACAGAUUAAAUAAAUUUUUAUUUUGAAG